AUGGCAAAGAAGCCAAGCAUGGGUCGACAAAAGAUCAAAAUGGCGAAAAUAGAGAUCAAAAAUCACUUGCAAGUCACAUUCUCGAAACGUCGAUCAGGCCUUUUCAAGAAGGCAAGUGAGCUCUGCACUCUGUGUGGUGUAGAGGCUGCAAUUGUAGUAUUCUCCCCUGCAGGGAAGGUGUUCUCUUUCGGACACCCCAAUGUUGAGGCCAUGGUGGAUCGUUUCAUCACUCGGAACACUGCACCAAACUCCAAUGCCCUCCAUCUCGUUGAGGCUCAUCGCGAUGCCAGCAUUCGUGCACUCAACUCACACCUCACUCAACUCCUCAACGAGUUGGAAGCCGGGAGAAAAACAGGCGAAGCCCUUGAUCGGAUGAGGAAAGCUAGCCAAUGCCGGUGCUGGUGGGAGGCCCCUAUUGACAAGCUCGGAUUGCAGGAGCUUGAACAACUUAAGGACUCCAUGGAGGAGCUUAAGAAGAAUGUAGCAAAUCAAACUAACAAAUUGUUAGUCGAGACCACAAAUGGUUCGCCAUUUUUUGCAACAAAUGGUACUGGAAUUGUUCUUCCUUUCGAGAGAAAACCUAAUGAUCUGAGAUAUGCCGGUUCAAGUAGUAGUACUAAUCAAACAAUCCAGAGUUUUGGAUAUGGUGGUCAUGGGUUUUUCUGA